AUGUAUUGGAAAUGGAGCACAGAGGGGUACUUUUUGACGCCAUUCAAUAUUUUCUUUAUUUUUUUAUAUUCCUUGUAUUCUGUUUACAAGUUAUAUUACAAGAGUUACUUGAAUUGUGAAAUAGGCUACCUGUCACGUGGUGGUUCUGAUGGUGAUUUUGGAAAGUAUUAUAAGCAUUUACCGAAAUCUCCGCCAGAAGCACUACUCAUUUCCCAUACACUUGGACAUUACAGUGAUCCCUCGAUAAUUUCAUGGUACUUAGUUCCCCUCUUGGCCUUGAAAUUAUCGAGAGACCAAUGGACUCUUUCUGUUCGAAUUUCGAAAACAUCUACUCCAAAGAAAAUAAAAGCACAUAGUGGUCGAAAAUUGGACGAACGUGGAGUGAAAGGCUUCCGUCUUGUAAUGGAUAACAGAAGUAUUCAUAACGUAACAACACUUGCCGAGCAGCGUGGAUAUCAGUGGGUGCAUCUACCUCCCUACUCUCCAUUCUUGAAUUCAAUUGAAGAAUGCUGGGCCAAGAUCAAGGCUGGCUGUCGAAGAAAGCGUCUUAGGAUAGAUAAAGCUAUCACACAACGAAUUUUCGAUUCUGCUUCCUUGGAAACGCAUACCGAUAUAAAAGGCUGA